UUGUGCUCAAAUUUACUCCGCCUGGACUUGCAGCUGCUAUAGUGUUUUAUCCAUCUUCCCAACUACCAUGGCCAAGAAGAAAGUCAUGGUGGACGUGAUCAGCGACGUGGUCUGACCUUUUUGCUGGAUUGGAAAACGAAAUCUGGAGGGUGCCAUGCAGCAGUGCGGCCAGAACUUGGACUUCGAGGUCCGGUGGUUGCCGUUUCAGCUGGAUCCCAGCGCCUCCGAAAAGCCGUACAGUCGGAUGGAGGCAUACGCGAAGAAGUUUGGAAAGGGCAAAGAGGAGGUCAAGCAAAUGGGCUCCUGGAUGAAAGCAAAGUUCGACGCAGCCAAGCUGCCGUACGAAUUCUCUGAAGCUGCUUUGGCCAGCAACACGUUUGAUGCCCAUCGGGUGCUGACUGCUGCCUACAAGCAUGGUGGCGCAGAGGCACAGGACAGGGCUGCGGAGGCCCUGUUUCAUUCCUACUUUGCCAAAGAGAAGGCGCCCAACGACCCCGAAGCGUUGAAGGAGGCGGCAAAGGCGGCAGGAUUGGAUGGCGAUGCAGUGCUUGAUAAAAGCUUCGCGGCAUCUGAAACCCAAGAAGAGAUGAAGGUGGGCCAGAAACUGCGAGUUCGAGGUGUGCCCCACUUUGUCAUCAGGACGGAGAAUUCCAGGACGGAACAGAUCUCGGGCGCCCAGCCGCCGGAAAGCUUCGUGGAGGCCUUUGAAGCCCUGAUGCGAUGAACGGCGCGGCGCGAACGGCGGGUCGGGUCGCUGGCGGUUUGGCCGCGGCCACGGAGGGGCUGAGAAUGGCUGAGAUGGGG